GUGUGUGUCAUGACGCAGCUGCCCGCGCCCCACUGCCAGGGUGAGUGUGUGUGUCAUGAUGCAGCUGCCUGCGGCCGACUGCCAGGCCCUGGUGGAGAGGGUGCGUUGUGUGGAUGAGGAGCUGCAGAGGGUGGUGCUGCCCCGCGCCACUGAGGCUCUGCAGCUCUGCAACAAGGGCCUGGACAGCUGCACCCAAGUCAGGACGGCCAUCAAACACUGGUGGGAGCAGCCUGCCCAGUUUGCGCUGCCGGACAUGUGUGUGGAGGGAAAGACCUUCCUGCAGUGGCUCUACAGGUGGAAGAGGGCCACCAAGAAACACGAAGUUUAAAUGUGGCAUUAAGCAACAUGGACCACGAUGGCCGAUAGGCGUGUCUACGCCUGCAUGCUGCAGCACGCGCUGCGGUGGGGUUAGCCAAUAGGACGUCACGUAGCACGAUGUCCACUACGCAUGUGAAAUCUGCUGAUCUACAGUUUAGAGUUUGUUGUAGCGUUUGUGACUGACCCCAGCUUCUGUGGCUAGAUACAGAUGAUACUUUGGCAACGUCUUUGGCAAUGACUUGUCAAAACCUGCCUAUCAAUUCAAGUGUACUAUUGCUAAAUAACAGCCUUGCCCCGAUUAAUACUAAUACGAGGAGUUUGCUUAAAGGAUGCCUGUCAUUUUAGUCAUUGUGCAAUACAUUUAAAUAAACAUAUUUG